AACCAAAAUUGCAAUUUCAGCCACCACAUCAAGUGCAGCACAAAGUUAUGAAUACAGAACAGAAUGGCAUCAAAGAGAAUCAUUCAAGACACAUUUCUCGCAAUGACAUGAGACAACCAAGGAAUGAGAAACCCCCUCGUUUUCAAAGGGAUAUUCAAAAUUCAAGACAGGCUUUGGAAAGUGGUGGGUUACCAAGAAACAGAGGUCCUGAAAGGCACAGCUCUUUAGAACAUUGGACAGAUGAAAAAAAUAAGAGUGACAGACAUUAUCCUAGAAAUGAUAGGCCAAAGGAUUUGGGUUAUCCCAUAGCCACUCACCAGAGUGAUAUGACAUUCAAAAAAAGGGAUAACAAUAUGCAAAACAGAGUAGGAAAAGGGGUAUCUUUCACAGAAUUCAAGGAGAACUCUGCUGCUCAAGAUGCUACCGACAACAAUAACCAGAAACGUGGGAAAAGGGAAAACCAAAUACACAAUUCUGAAAAUUUUUGUGACAGGAAGGCACGAACAAUUAGUAGUGAAGCCUUUAUGGUAAAAAAUGAGCAACAUUUUGGUGUUAAUGAUUACCAAAAUCCUGCUAGAACUGAUAAUUUUAAUGCUGUACCAAAUGGAGAUACUGAGCAUCAUCAGAAAGGAAGACGAGUAGGACCUAUCAAAUCAUCAGGACCCACUACGAUCCCAUCUUUUGAUGAUAAAAUGUUGUAUUACAACACCGGUCCCAAAAGGAGAUCUGGGCCCAUCAAACCGGAGAAAAUAUUAGAACCAUCGACUCAUGUGGAGUAUGGAAAAAGUUGGAGACCAGGGGAUGAAUGUUUUGCUCUUUAUUGGGAAGACAACAAGUUCUACCGGGCAGAAAUUGAAGCUCUCCAUUCUUCUGGGACAACUGCAGUUGUUAAAUUCUGUGAUUAUGGAAAUUACGAAGAGGUGCUUCUCAGCAACAUCAGGCCUGUUCAUGCAGACACAUGGGUAUGUGAUAACAAAUUGUAUUAAAAAAUAUAAACUAUGUAGUCUGUACAAAAUAUGUAACCCUUCAGAAAGUAAUGCCUACUCAUGCAAAGAGUGCUGAUUGCAUUUGUAGAAGAAUAGUUAAAUGAAU